CCUUUUUUUAAAAAAAAAACUAACCUAUCGGUAAUUAACUGUUGUGAGUAAUCUAUGGAAUUUAAAAAUAGUAAAAAGAAUUUCAAAUCGAACGUUUCUUUUUUCAAAAAAAAAAUGAAAAAUAAGAGAGGCAAAAGAUUGUGAGGGGAGGGCCAAAUGAAAGCACCAGAAAAGACAAGUACGACGAAGGAGGAGGAGGUGCAAUCUCCGCCUUGUAUGCUCCAAUGGUGGCGUAGAUGGACGGUGUUGGUGGCAGCCAUCUGGAUCCAAGCCUUCACGGGCACUAACUUCGAUUUCUCGGCCUACUCCUCCGACAUGAAAUCGUCAAUGGGCGUAUCUCAGUCGCGCCUCAACUACAUGGCUGUCGCUUCUGAUUUAGGCAAAGCGUUGGGCUGGUCUUCCGGUUACGCUGUUGCCUAUUUCCCUCUCUCCGCUGUCCUAUUCUCCGCCGCUGCGAUGGGUCUCGUCGGUUACGGCGUCCAGUGGUUAUCCAUAGCCGUCGACGUAAUCCAUCUCCCAUACUCUCUGGUUCUGGUAUGCUGCUCCUUAGCUGGACUAAGCAUCUGCUGGUUCAACACCGUCUGUUUCGUCCUCUGCGUUAGGCACUUUGUAUCAAAUCAUUCCCUCGCAUUGUCUCUCGUCGUCAGUUUCAACGGAAUCAGUGCAGCCUUGUACACCCUUGGCCACGAAGUCAUCAGUGGCAAAUCAUCUGCUAGCUCUGAAGUUUACCUUCUUCUCAACUCUCUCAUCCCUUUAUUUGUCUCUCUUUUAGCCCUCUGGCCUGUCCUUACUAACCCUAACUCCUCUCCUACCCACCGAUCCUCCCAUGACGACGAGACCCGAAUCUUCAUCGUCUUCAAUGUCUUAGCACUAAUCACCUGCUUUUACCUUCUCUUGCCUUCCUCAGGCACCUACUUAGCUUCAUCUCCUCGUUGGCAUUUCCUCGGAGCCAUUUGUCUUCUCAUUUUCCCACUCUGCGUCCCCUUUCUCCACUAUAUUCUCCACUCAUGUUUCGGCCACCAUCGCACCUCUGCCUAUUCGGUGGUUAACAUAGAGGAGCCCAAUAUACCAAAAAGAGUGGGAUUAGAUCCUGAGGAGAUUAAUGAAUCUUAUAAAGUGGGACGCCUAGGUGAUGAACACUCUCUUGGAAUGCUGGUUCGUAGCCUCGAGUUUUGGCUAUACUACUUUUCGUAUUGCUUUGGUGGAACCAUUGGUCUUGUCUACAGCAACAACUUAGGUCAGAUUUCUCAGUCUCUAGGACAGAGCAGCUCAAACGCAAAAUCCUUAGUGACACUCUUCUCUGCCUUCUCCUUUUUGGGAAGGUUGCUCUCCUCUGCACCUGACUUCACACGCAAGAAAUUAUACUACUUGACAAGAACAGCCUGGUUCACCAUUUCGCUACUUCCAACACCUUUGGCCUUCUUCCUCCUCGCCUAUUCAUCCAAGACCGCGCUGCUACAGGUUGCGACCGCACUAAUAGGGUUAAGUUCAGGGUUCGUCUUCGCGGCAGCGGUUUCAGUAACUUCCGACCUCUUUGGAAGAAACAGCGUUGGUGUAAACCAGAACAUACUCAUCACGAACAUUCCUAUAGGAUCGCUCUUCUACGGGUACAUGGCUGGUUCUGUCUAUGACAAGCAUGCCACGCCAUCUGUCGUGUCGGACACGGUUGUUUGCGUGGGAAGAAGGUGUUAUUUUGCAACGUUUUUGUUAUGGGGUUGUUUGUCUGUUGUGGGAUUAGUAUGUAGCUUGAUUCUGUUUAUUAGAACUAGACCAGUUUACCACCAGUUAGCACAAAACCGAAAUUGAAAAGACUGUGUUUUGAUUGAUGGGAUCCAAGUUGAGAGUGUUGUAAAAAUGAUUUUUCUUUCUUUUUUUUUUGUUGCCAAGAAUGACAACAGAUUUUCCAUUUAAUUAAAGGGGGAGGGUGUUGAUUGAAUUUUAAAGAUUAAGUAAAUGAUACUCCCUCCGUUUCAUAUUA